ACUUCGAGAAUUCCCAAGUGUUGGAAAAAAGCAGUACUGGUUGUCCGACAGUAACUCCCAUUACAUUUGAUGAUGUUGACGUAGCGGAAGCAGGUCCAUCAAAAGAAGUCUGGAGCAGCAGAAGUUGGACUUCAGUAACACAACAGGCAAAAAAAAAUGGGGCAGCAAAGAAAGCAAGGUCUGAUGUCCAGGGCCAACCACAGCAGGCUACCCCGCCACGAAGAUUAUCGACAGUAUGUUCGGGCCCCACACUCCAAAUGUUGGACACACCUCCAAGACGUGAACCACACUCCCCUCAGCUUGAUUGCAGAGCACAAAGGCAGGUGGCAGGACCUGCUGAAGAAGGACCCUCCCCUCUCAACCACCCUCCCCCAUCAAGCAACCUCCUCCCGCUCUCAAUAACCCGCCCCAUCAAUCAGCCUUCUCCUUGCCCUCUCAGCAACCCGCCCCCAUCAAUCAGCCUCCUCCUCUCAAUCACCCUCCCCAUCAAUCUGUCCCAUCCUCCACCUCUCAAGCACCCUCCCCCAUCAAUCUGUCCCCUUCUCCUCCUCUCAACCACCCUCCCCCCAUCAAUAUGUCCCCUUCUCCUCUCAACCACCCUCCUCCAUCAAUCUGUCCCCUCCUCCUGUCAACCACCUUCCCCCAAUCAAAACACCCUUGCCAUUCCCACACCCUCACAAUCGGAUCCUCCUUCCCCCAUCCAAGCUCCUACCCCCUUUCAAGGCCCUUCCCCAUCCAAGUUCCCGCCCCCUUUCAAGACCCUUCCACCAUCCAAACUACCACCCCCUUUCAAGACCCUUCCCCCAUCCAAACUCCGGCCUCCCCUUCUGAACUUGACAAUGAAGGAGAGUAGGCAGCUGCGGCCCCUGAUGGAGUUCAGGAUGAUUUGCCGGCGUUGGUGGAGAACGCUGUGGUUGGAGAUCCCAAUGAGGAAAUGCGGCGAGUGCUUGCCACCAUAGAGAGGAAUUGCCGGGGACUCGUGGAUGUCAUAAUUUUUUUGCAAAAAUGUUUUAAAUGAUUUAUUAUUUAAUAAAUACAGUUUAUUUGUUUUUGGUUGUUAAAA